AUCUGUUGCAAGCAGUGAAGGGAGGAGAGCUCUUCUCUCCAGCAGGUUCCAGCAGGCUGCCUGCUGAGCCAAGGAGCACCAGCCUCUCCGGCUGUCUCCUGAGCCCGAUCCUUUGAUCCUUCGCGGCUAUCACCUCCCUUCCGCCCUAUGGCUGCCAUCACGGACCUCUCCUUCAUGUACCGCUGGUUCAAGAACUGCAAUCUGGUCCGCAACCUCUCGGAAAAGUAUGUCUUCAUCACUGGCUGUGACUCGGGAUUUGGCAACAAGCUGGCCAGACAGCUGGUCGAUCGGGGCAUGAGGGUGCUGGCUGCUUGCUUCACUGAGGAGGGGGCCCAGAAACUUCAGCAGGAUACCUCCUUCCGGCUGCAGACCAUCCUACUGGAUGUCACCAAGACUGAGAGCAUCCAGGCGGCGGCCCAGUGGGUGAGGGAUCAAGUGGGAGAACAAGGCCUCUGGGCCCUGGUGAACAAUGCUGGUGUGGGCCUGCCCAGUGGUCCCAAUGAAUGGCUGACCAAAGAGGACUUCGUGAAGGUGAUCAAUGUGAACCUGGUUGGACUGAUCGAAGUGACCCUCCACAUGCUGCCCAUGGUCAAGAAAGCUCGGGGCAGGGUCGUCAACAUGUCCAGCUGUGGUGGUCGUGUGGCUGUUAUUGGCGGUGGCUACUGCGUCUCCAAGUUUGGUGUUGAAGCCUUCUCUGACAGCAUCAGGCGCGAGCUCCACUACUUCGGGGUGAAGGUCUGCAUCAUUGAGCCGGGGAACUACCGGACAUCCAUUCUGGGCAAGGAAAGCAUGGGGUCGCGCAUGCGAAAGCUGUGGGAGCGGCUGCCUCAGGAGACCCGGGACAGCUACGGAGAGGAGUACUUCCACAUCUACACUGACAAGUUAGAACACAUGAUGCAGCUGGCAGAGCCGAGAAUCAGAGAUGUCAUCAACAGCAUGGAACACGCUGUUGUCUCCCGGAGCCCCCGCAUCCGCUACAGCCCUGGCCUGGAUGCCAAACUCCUCUACAUCCCCCUGGCUAAGUUGCCCACCCCUGUGACAGAUUUCAUCCUGAGCCGGUACCUUCCAAGGCCAGCAGACAGUGUCUGAGCUGGGGAAGUUCAAGGGGUGAUGGGUAGAGUGUGAAGGGCUGGGGAGGGAGAAAGGACUUUGGGGCCACAAGAGGUAGUGUCAGACGUCCUGAGAGAUGUUCUGGCUGUAAGGGACACUUUGCUCAGCUGACCUCCACUGCUGGUGAAUUUACCAGUAACUUCUAACAGAAGAUGAGUGCCUCUUCCCACCCACCAGGGCCCCACAGAAAUCUGAGGUGGCCUUUGCAGGUUCAGAGACCUGUGGCAUGGCCCCAGGGACAUCUGCCACCCAGGCAGGAUAUGCCUUUUUCUGGACCUGGAAAAGUCAAGGAGAGGAAAACCAGCUCAUGCUGAAUCAUGAGCCCCUCUCGGCUGUCACUUCCACUGGAAAACACUGUAGGAUAAUCUAACCCAUGGAAGACUCUCAACCACCUUCCUAUUGGGUCUUUAAAUAUGCACUAACCUCAUUCACAUAACCCAUUAUUGAAGUACAUAGUAGAUAUGCAAGAUUAUAUCACAUAAAAGUUUAAAAUAUUUUCUCUCUUUUUCGAUUUCUCUGUCCACAGGGAUUGGGAUCCACAUUAAAUAAUAUUCAUUUAUUUAAUCACCACUGAAUUAAUUCUUCAAAUAUUUAUUGAGUGACUACUACCCACCAGGCACCGUGUAGGUGCUGGGGAGAUAUAAAGAUGAUUAAA